AUGGAGUUUCAGUGCCUUCCAUUGCUUUUUUCUCUCGGUGUGAUACUGAUGGCAGCUCAGGCUGCCUUACCGCCAGAGAUUUACUGGGAAAGGAUGCUUCCAAACACACCAAUCCCCAAUGCAGUCACACACCUUCCCAAACUUGUUCCACUUGCUAAUCAUCAUCAUCAUGAACACCCAAAAUCAAGUAUAAUUUUAUCAGAAGAAGGAUUUAGGCCAGGCACAAAAUUGGAUGUACAAUUCCCUAAAAGAAAAUAUUUAACCCCAUUAUUACCUCGAGAAAUUGCAGAACACUUACCAUUCUCAUCAAAAAAGCUAAGUGAGAUUUUAGAGAUUUUGGCUGUGAAGCCAAAGUCAGAGAAUGCCAAGAAUGUGGAGAAAACUCUAAAGAUCUGUGAAGAUCCUCCUACAAUUAAUGAUGAAGAAAAACACUGUGCAACUUCAAUAGAAUCCAUGGUAGACUUUGUCAUUUCUAAACUUAGGAAGAAUGUCCAUGUUACUUCUACAAAGGCAGAAAAUGAAAGCAAGUCCAAAAAGUUCAUAGUGAAAGAUGGAGUGAAGAUUUUAGCAGAAGAGAUAAUUGCAUGUCACCCAAUGCAAUACCCAUAUGUUGUCUUUUACUGUCAUAAGUUAUCAAAUAGUAGUGCACAUUUUAUGCCAUUGGAGGGAGAAGAUGGAACUAGGGUUAAAGAUGUAGCAGUAUGCCACAAAGACACAUCAGAAUGGGAUCCAAACCAUAUUGCAUUCCAAGUUCUCAAAGCCAAGCCUGGGACCAUUUCUAUGUGUCAUUUCUUCCCUGAGGGUCAUCUUGUUUGGUAUGCUAAAUAG